UGCUCUUAAAUCCUGGGUAGGCCGUCCGGUGGUAAAGGGCCGUCACGAGAUGAGCAAAGAUUGCUUACCAACCACACCAGAGUCAUUGUAGUUGCCCUGUUGCCGGGAGCGAAUCAACGGAGAACCAUCGCCAGCUUCCUAGCAACCGCCAAGACCUGUGCCACGAUCAGCACCAUGGCCAUUCACAUUCACGAGACAGCGGCAUGGGCGGCCCUCAAGGAGCACGCGGCGUCGCUGCAGGGCGCGCACCUCCGCGAUAUGGUUAUUGAUGCGGACCGCUGCGCCGCUCUCAUGACCGAGAGGGACGGCGUCCUGCUGGACUACUCCAGGCAGCGGGUCACCAACGAGACCAUGGACAUGCUGUUCAACCUGGCAGAAGCCGCAGAUCUCGCCGGUAAGCGUGCGGCCAUGUUCACCGGGGAGAAGAUCAACAACACGGAGGGGAGGGCGGUCAUGCACGUCGCUCUGCGGGCCCCCAGGGAAGCGACCAUGAACGUAGACGGCAAGAACGUCGUGCCGGACGUGCACUCUGUCCUGGACAAGAUCGAGGACUUCUCGGCACGCGUCCGCUCCGGCGUGUUCAAGGGAUGCACCGGAAAGCCCCUCACCAACAUCGUCUCUAUCGGCAUCGGCGGUUCAUACCUAGGCCCGGAGUUCGUUGUCGAGGCCCUCAAGUGCGAGCCGGCGGCCCAGGGCGCGUCGAUGGGGAGGACCCUGAGGUUCUUGGCCAACGUCGACCCGGUCGACGUUAGCCGUGCCAUUUCCGGGCUCAACCCCGAGGAGACUUUGGUGGUCGUGGUGAGCAAGACCUUCACCACGGCUGAGACCAUGCUCAAUGCCCGCACCAUGAAGGACUGGCUCAUCACCUCAAUCAAGGGGAAGACCGCGGCGGAGAUCACAAGCCAGCACAUCGUUGCGGUGAGCACUAGCGACAAGCUGGUGCAGGACUUCGGAAUCGACGCGGCCAAUAUCUUCGGCUUCUGGGACUGGGUGGGCGGAAGGUACAGCGUGUGCUCCGCCGUAGGCGUCCUACCCAUCGCGCUGCACUACGGUUUUGACAUCGCGAGGCGUUUCCUGGACGGGGCCCACGACAUGGACAACCACUUCCUCAACGAGCCGCCCCGGCAGAACAUCCCCGUGCUCAUGGGCCUCCUCGGCGUCUGGAACUCCACCUUCCUAGGGUACGGCGCGCGCGCGCUGCUGCCGUACUCGCAGGCGCUGCUUCGGUUCGCGGCUCACAUCCAGCAGGUGGACAUGGAGAGCAACGGCAAGCGCGUCGCGCAGGAUGGAUCUGUGCUUCCCUUCGAUGCGGGGGAGAUCGGCUUCGGGGAGCCCGGCACGAAUGGGCAGCAUUCGUUCUAUCAGCUCAUCCACCAGGGACGCGUGAUCCCCGCGGACUUCGUCGGGUACUGCACGUCGCAGUGCCCCGUGCUGCUCGAGGGCGAGCCCGUCGCCAACCACGACGAGCUCAUGUCCAACUUCUUCGCCCAGCCCGACGCGCUCGCGUACGGCAAGACCACCGAGGAGCUCGAGAAGGAAGGGGUGCCGGAGUGGCUUCGCCCGCACAAGGUCUUCACGGGGAACAGGCCUUCGCUGUCCCUGCUGUUCCCGAAGCUGGAUGCCUUCUCGUGCGGGCAGCUGCUGGCCAUCUACGAGCACCGAACUGCCGUGCAAGGCUUCGUGUGGGGGCUGAACUCGUUCGACCAGUGGGGGGUGGAGCUCGGAAAGACGCUGGCGACCAAGGUGCGCACGACGCUGUCCACCGCCCGUAUGGCCGGAGGAGACGUGAGCGAGGGCUUCAACCCUUCCACUGCGACGCUGAUGACGUACUACCUGGCCAACGGCUUGGGCAAGAACUAAUCUUGGCAACGGUAGACGUCGUUCCGUCUAGGACGAGGAAAUGACCGCAGGGGCGAUGGUUCAGUGUUGGGCCUCUUGUUGUAGAUUUAUGUCGACGAAGGAGGAGGCGGGCGGUUGUUGAGGAGUGUUUUUCGUCCUUCGUUCUAGAUCUUGUUGUGUUGUUAAUCUUUGGGGGCGAGGGGCAUGAGAAGGUAAGCGUAGAGUUCUUUUUGGUUGACAGUUGCGUGCGUAGGUCGGAGUGGCCAAUGCUCUAUCCUGGUCCUUUUUUUGUAGAAAUGUUGUCUGAAUCUGUGUCGUAGAAAGUAUUUAGUCCCGCUGUUCAUGGGAGAGCCGUUUAUUCCUGCCUGCACGUGUGCCGGAGAAAGCGUAGAUAGCAGUGUUGGAAGUCGAUCGUCCAGCAAGACAGGGUGGGUUAAUCCAGAGAGGAUGAGAAAAGGCGAUGGCCCGGGGGUGUCUUGUGGCUCAAGUCAACCGUAGCAGGUACGGUGGAUACACGGAGGGAGUUGCAUCCCGGUUAAACAGUGUAAACGGCAACACAAUCAGCGUCGCUUAUGUGCGUUUUUUUUUACCUUCCAAGAAGACACGAAAUUCGUCGCAUCUCAUCACGUAAGAAAAGGAGUGCAGGGUAAAUCAGCGGCGCACCGUGUUAAAUCCCCUCGUCAUGCGUGUCCUGACACACAGCGCUAGGUUCCCCGAUAUCGAGAGGCUCAAAACGGGACGUCGACGUCCUUUGCUCCACAUGACGAAGCGUGUCAGAGCGAUCAGAUACCACACGUGCGGUAGAAAAGAGUGGAGUGAAUUGGCUGGAAAGACCCCACCCUGAAUUAUUAAGGCGGUUUGCUAACUAAU